AUGGACGGCAGCGCGCCGUCGAACGUCCCCACUCCGAGCGACGACGGCGACGACGACGGCGACGACGGCGGCGGCGGCGGCGGCGGCGUCGCGGGAUGGAUCAGAGCCUACUUCGCGCGCGGCGCGGCGGCGGCGGAGAAGGUCAAGGCGCUGGGCCUCGCCGGCGUCACCGCGUACGGCAUCUUCAACACGCUGUACUACACCCUCGCGUUCACGACCGCGUGGACGCUGCGGACGCUGCCGCCGGAGACGACCGUCGCGACCGCGUUCAAGAUCGCCGCGGAGACGAUAUCGUUCGUGUGGGCGGGGUCGCAGGUCACGAAGCUCGCGCGCGCGGGACUGGCGCUCGCGUCGGCGCCGAGGUGCGACGCGCUGAUGCGGUGGAUGGUGGCGAAGACGGGGAUGCGGUACGAGGCCACGUUUACCGUGAUCACGCUGGGAUGUUUCUUAGGGAGCGCGGGGUUGUUCGCGCUGCUCAUCGUCGCGAAGGCGACCGCGGGGCUAUAG